ACAACCUUAGAUGACAACUGUUCUGCUAUAUGCUAGUGAUGCAUUUGCGGCUUACAUUGUUUCUUGUGAAGGAUCGAAUGUAAUUGAGUGUGUUAAAUCACGCAUUAAAAUUGCUGAUGUGCUGUGGGUCAAUGCUUAUAAAUAUAGGAGUGUUAGGCCAUGGUGUAUAGGCAUGUUAAUUGGAUGAUUAAAUUGGAAUUUACCAAGUCAAUAUGCAAUUUAAUGUGUUUUUGAGUCAGAAAUUGAUGUCCAAAUCCGAUCCAAACUUAUCGCAAGUUUACUCCAACUCCAACCUAAUGAAAAUAUAUUUUCUUAAGAUCCAAGAUAGAGAAUGGAAAGUAAGUUGGAGUUAUGGAGACAAACUUUGGAAUCUCGGGGUUUUAGGCUGAGUAGAAACAAGACGGAAUAUAUGGAGUGUAAGUUUAGUGGAGUCCAAGAUAGAGGGACAGGGGAGAUUACCUUAGAUGGGAAAAUUGUCCAAGGCUCUGAAACGUUCCGUUAUUUAGGAUCUAUUAUCCAAAAUGAUGGAGACUUGGAUGGCGAUGUGGCCCAUAGAAUUAAAGCAGGUUGGUUGAAGUGGAAAGGUGACACGGGGUUCCUAAGUGAUUCAGGCAUGCCCCAAAGAUUGAAGGAAAAGUUUUACCGCACGGCAAUUCGACCGGCUUUGUUAUAAGGCACAGAUGCUGGGCAGUGAAACAUUGUCACGUGUACAAGAUGAAUGUGGCGGAGAUGCGCAUGUUACGUUGGAUGUGUGGGCAUACAAGAAAGGAUCGUUUGAGGAAUGAGAUUAUUAGGAAGAAAGUAGGGGUUGCACCGAUUGAGUUUAAGAUGAUGGAAAAUCGUUUAAGAUGGUUUGGACAUGUAAGCAGAAGAUCAAGUGAUGCCCCGGUUAGGAGGAUAGAAGGGUGGCAAAGUGAUAGAACUGCAAGGGGUAGGGGAAGACCUAAGAAUACUUGGAGGAAGGUGAUUGAAUUGAGCACGAUAUGAGCUUUCUUGGGAUUGAGGAAAAUAUGGCGUUGGAUAGGACAGUGUAGAGGGAGAGAAUAUACAUUGAUGACUUCAGUUGAUUUAUACAGCUUUCAUGUUUUUGUUUCUUUCUAUUUUUUUUUUUUUCCUUUUUUUUUUCUUUUUUUAUUAUUUAUUAUUUUAUUUUUUUUUAUUAUUUUUUAUUAUUUUUUAUUUUUAGAAUUCUUUUUUAUUUUUUUUAAUUUACAUGCUAUUUUGAAAUAUACUUAUUUUACUUAUUCAUUUAUUUUAAACUUUACUUAUUUUUUAUUAUCUCUUACAAUAUUUCUUCUAUAAUAUAUAUACAUUUUUUCCCUUUCUUACUUUCAUUAAUUCCACUUUCUCUUCCUUGUUUUUCUUAUUACUUUUUGCUCCUUUUUUGUUUGAUUGGUGACAAUGACGAUAUUCUACGACGAUUCAUGUUAGCCGACCCCAAAUCAUUUUGGGACUAAGGCUUUGUUGUUGUUGUUGUUGUAUCCAAUCCCCUUUUGUCCCUUUUUGUUCAAACCCCUUCCCUUUUUGUCUAAUUCAAAUAUAUUUUGUUAACGUUUUUCCCCUUUUUGUCCAAACCCCUUCCCUUCCUUAACAAAAAAAAUGUUAUGACCCAUUUUGACCCAAUUAUUUUUAAAACCAAAUAAUGGCAACAGUUAAAGCAUAACAACUUUGGCCCUAUUUCUGCCAUAUACUCCCUCUGUCCCAAUUUUUAAUCGUUACAAUUCCUUUUUUGUCCUCCCAAUUGAAUUAUCAUACUUCCUUUUAUGUCAUAGACCCACUAAUAUUUUAUUACCUCUCUUCUCACUACCAAAAGUUAUGGGCCCACAUUCAAUUAAAAAAAUUCUUCCAUUUUCUCCCACCGUUUUCUAUUUAACUACUCCGUAUAAUAGAUAAACUUACAAUAAUUUGUUGCAUAAAACUCCGUGAAAAGUUUACGACGAUUAAAUUGUGACGAAGGGAGUAUUAACAUUAUUCCCGUCUAUGUUGUAUUAAGUAAGUGCAACACUUGCAUUAUUCAGCCGUUUCUAAAUAAGUCUAUCACUUCUAAAUUUUAUUGACCUUUAUACAAUUUUGUUUUUUCUCUCCCCUAACAUGGUCCCAGUCCCCACUCAGAUUUAUUUAUUUAUUGUUUAUCUCUUAUGGACUCCUUUUACUAAAAUAAGAAUUCAUCCACUUACCCCACUUUCACAAUUGUUCCGAGUGUGGAACUGGGGGAGCCCUGCCUGGUGAUGCUGUCCUGUCAGACAAAACGAACGUAAGCUAACCUCGGGGGUUUAACCGAGGAAACCCCCUCCGAUGCCUAAGUCAGCAAAUGAGAUAAUGCUCUAGAGAGAGAAAGUAGAGAGGGUUAAGAAUUGUACUUGUAUUGAACGUGUCCGCAAAUGAAUGGGGACGGCAGUAUUUAUAGGCGUACUAUUCAGUACUUUGGCCUAUUCAGAUGCUGCCGCGUGUACGCUAGUGAUGUACUUGUUGUUUGUCCUUUUGCUUAACGACGUAUCUAUGUUGUCGUCUAGCAGGUCGUUUCCCCGCAGACCUGAGGGUCUGUGAGGUUCUUGAGGACUUGUGGUACUUUCAAUAGGUACUUCCUGCGGUUGUUUUGCUUGAUCUGUCCUAUCAGAUGUCCGAUGGUCUGCUGUGACAUGGAUGAUCUGCUAGGUUACUUCUACUCCGUACAACUAGUCCCCAAGAGUAGGGCUGACUGCUUGGAGUUAGACCUGCUCUUUCAGUGUUUUUUGGCUGCAUCCUAUACAACUAGUCCCCGAGAGUAGGGCUGACUGCUUGGAGUUAGACCUGCUCUUUCAGUGUUUUUUGGCUGCAUCCUGUACAACUAGUCCCCGAGAGUAGGGCUGACUGCUUGGAGUUAGACCUGCUCUUUCAGGUCAUAACCUGCGUGAGUGGCUGUACGUAUCUUUUUUUUAUUUUUUUUAUUUUUUUUUUUUUUUUUUUAACCGUCGUGGUUUUACUGUAGUUAGCAUUUUGAAAGGAAAAUAAACCGUCAUGGUUUAUUGCGCCCCACGUGUCCUUCAUCCAGGUGGGUGACUCGAAGGGUCUUCAAAUCUUGGCCGUUUAUUUCUUCUUUUAAAUACGAGUCUCAAUCAUUUUCUUCUUCUCUCUCCUCUUUCUUACCUUCUUCAUUUUCUUACUCUCCUCUAACUCCACUUUGCUGCGAACUCAAUUUCGCCAUUUUUCGAGCGCUCUAACUCCAAGCUCUUUGCUUUCUUGUGUUUUCUUGUUAUUCCGGUGAUUGCGCAUCCGUUGGUGGUGGUGUUUUCUUUUGAAAUUGUCGAGGUUCUUUGGGUUCGCGUUUUUCUUCGAGGGUUUCUAGUCCGCCAUUGUUGAACCUUUCUCUUCGCCCUUCUCUUUUCCGGGUAAUUCUUUUGCUUUUCCUUUGUUGUCUUCUUUGGUUUUGCAUGUACCUUCAACUGUUUUAGUAGUUUUUGUGAGUUUUUUGUGGUAUGUGUUCUUUGAAUGAAAUGUGGGAGUGUUUGUGUUUUCUUGGCUUCGCCAUUUCUGCGCUUCUUGGAGCUUUUCGUCUUCCUCUUCCUUUUCUCUUUUAUUUUUUUUUUUUUUUUUUUAUAUUACAUGUAUGUUUCUAUGUCGUUUUGUUCUUUUUUCUCUGUCGUUUUGUCUUGACUUUUCUCCUUCUACCCUUUGUUUAUUCUUCUUUCUUUCUUCUUUUUUCUUUCAGUCAACAUGUCUGAUACCUCUGAUAGUGCCAACCCUAGUAGUCCUGGGUAUAUGAGUGAUUCUCCGAGCCAUACUCUCCUUCUUCCCCUUCCUCUGUCUCUUUACCCUCUGAUGAAGAGGCUAGGACAAUAGCAGAGAAUAGGACUAAGUCUAUGCAUGAUACCAUUUCUCGUUCUGAGCCCGCGGUGAUAUCUAUCUCCAGUGGUUCUUCCUCUGGGGGCGUGUCCCCCGUUGCUGGCAGGGCUACGCCUGUUGUGUCAGGGCCUACUCCUGCCCUUCGUCAACGUCUUAGAGAACUGCGCCAUGAGCAUUUGGCCAGUGCGGUUCGAUUGAACCCUCCCCCUAAUGCCCCUAUUGGGCUAGACAUCCAACCCCUGGCAGAAGUAGCUUGGUUGGACAGUUUUGAUCAACUAGACGGGCCUUUUAUUGGGAGUACUGAUGGGUCGUUGCAUGUUUACCGCAGACGUUCUCCGAUGGCAACUGGUUCCGGCAGUGCUUCUGGUGACGCAGAGCGUUAUGUAGAAAACCCCAUCCUCGAGGAGGUGGAGAAUCUGCGUCCCUUUCCCCUGUAUGUUGAGGAGGAUGUGCCCGUUGGUCCGACCGAUGAGUAUCUGAGCCCUGAGGUUUCUUUUGGUCCUUUAAACGCUGCGCCAGAUACGGACUGGCUCAAGGCCGCUCGCCAGCAUGACUAUCCUGGCGUUGGAAGGGAGCUUUAUGCCUUUCCUCCUGGGUAUGAGUUGGUUGUUCCUGCAGAUGAUGCUCGUAUUACCGCUCCUCCUCCUGGUCAUAUUGGGCUGUACUCAUACCAUCUGGACUUCGGUCUGCGUUUUCCCCUUGAUCCAACCUUAGUCAAGUUUCUGAAGGCAUUCAAUGUCUGCUUGGCGCAGCUGCAUCCUUUCGCUGUGAGGACCCUAAUUUGCUAUCUCUGGGUGGUGCGCUUCAAGGGUUUCCCUGAGACCCUUUCUUUAUGCAAACGGCUGCAUUGUGUCCGAAGCAGCGAUAACAAGGAGGGAAGCAUUGGUUGGUUUACCACCUACACUGCUCGGGGCAAAAUGACCUGCUUGGGCAACCCCACUGGGCAGAGGGAUUGGAAGGGUCGAUUCUUCUGGCUUCGAGUUCCCGCUGACUUUCCUCUGCCUCGUACCUUUGUUUCUCCAAAUGGCAAGAUGGAGGGUGUGGAGGUUUUGGUUGGUCAUAACUUGGAGGACGCUGCUUAUGAGUGGUUUGACUCAGUAAUUAAGCGCGACGCGAACGGAAAGGACGUCGGCCGUGCCCCCAAGAACUGGCUGCCUCAGUCGAUGUAUAUUCUGCGGAAUGAUGUUCUUUCCGCUAUGCACUUGUGCAACACUCAUCCUCAUGGUACAUUUUUCUUUCUUUUUUUUUUUUUUUUUUUUUUUUUUUUUUUUUUUUUUUUUUUUGUACUUGGCUUUUUUUUUAUGGAACCCCUUGAUAUGAGCUCCCUGGGUUUAAAUAACAUUUUCUUAUGUUUCCUUGUCCUGCUAGGUCGUCAACACCUUGAUAUGAGCUCCCUGGGUUUAACUGCUGAUGGAACCCCCCAGACUAACGAGCCAGCUGAAGACCCCGCCAACGCUUAUCGUACCAUAGCUGAUGUUGUUGGCGGACGCAGAGCAAGCUCUCGACGAACUGUUCGAGGGGGGAGUUCUGCUGCUAGUCGUACUGCUAGAGGUGGGGGUUCUGUGGCUAGCCGCACUAGCAGAGGGGGAGGCUCUGCAGGAAUAACCGCUGGGGCGAGCACCUCAACGCCACGUUCUGCCCCUGUUUCUCGGGCUACCCCUUCUAUAUCUGCCUCUGCUCGGCGUGGUCAGACCACUCAUGGAGGGGGUAAUAUUGCGGGCCAACGUCGGCCUCGUCCUGAGACGGAAAGCGUUUCUGUUGACGCUACGCGAACUGCUGCAGAUCAAUUGCGAUCUGCUCACCCUGACCAAGUCGUGAAUUCCUCUAUCUCCGAGCAGGUGGAGAUCGUGACUGAGGAGCAGGACGUCCCUUUUGUGCAGCGCCCAGGUAAGCGCAUUUGCACCGGGGAGGGUUCUCGCUCGCAGGAGCAGGCCCAAGCUUCUGCCCCUGCUAACCAAAGCACCGCUUCUCUUCCUACUUCAUCUGCUGCUCUUGCUGCUUACUUGGAGGAGCAACUGAGGUUGCCUGAGUCUUCUGUUCCUGCUUUUGUGAACAUUAGGAACAGGGAAUUUCUGGAGAAGGAGGCCAUUGAUGUUCGCCCUGCGGUGAACCUUGAGUUGGCUGCCUGUUUCUCCCCUGCGCCGAUUAGCGAUGACAUCUUCGUUCCUCACUGGGAUGUUAGAGCUAACGAGUCUUUGUAUGCCAGCUUCCCAGAGAAAGGCGGAACGUUGGCGUACCGGAUGUUGAAGGGGUUAACACUGCCAGCUGACCGCCCUCUUGAGCGUGUGUAUACCCAUGGGGCUAACGCCUGCCAGAAGGUGCUAGAGGCUGGGGUUGCUGUGAAGGAGCUCUGCGACUUCUUUUUCUUCUAUCAGAGGAAGCAUGAUGAACAUCUUGCUCUUCUUGAAGAAAAGGACAGGCAGAUCCGAGACCUGACCCUGGAAAACGAAAGAGCAUCCUCCUCCCUCACUAUUGCCAAUGCCAAUGUUCAAACGAUAUCCGUCGAAAGAGACAACUUGGCUAAUGAGGUUGUAGCUCUGCGCCUAACUGGGGAGAAUUUAGCUAAGGCUCAGGCGGAGGUGGAGGCGGAGAGGAAACGUACUGAGGAUUUGGCGGAGCAGCUAAGCUUUGUUGAGCAGAGGCAUGCUGAUGAGCUGGCAGACCUUCGCCUUUCUGUGCAGAAGGAGGUGGCUGCUGCUAUGCGAGAAUUUUGUCGCUCUGACGCUCAGUAUGCCCUUUUAACGCAGAGGUAUGAUGGCGGGUGGAAAGCGGCCUCUCUCAUAAUCAAGCGCAAAUAUCUGCAGUUUGAUUGGAGCUUGAUCGAAGAGGAUUGGCUUGCUGGCCUGCACCUUACCAUUCUUAAGGAACUGCGGGAGGCUGAAGCUGCUGAGGGUCAUGCCAUAGAGCCUAGUGAUGUGCCCGACUUCUGCGUCGAGAACAUUCACCCUGGAGAUUUGCCUUUCUCAGAUGAAGAUGAUGUUGCAGGCAAUGACGAAUAAUGGGUGUGGCGGCUAUCCCCAUGUUCUUCUUGUGUGACUGGGCCUGUUAUGUAAUAGUUUAGUUUUUAAACAAUAUUAUUUAGGGUUUGCCCUGUUGGGUGGUGGCGUUUGUGCCAUUCUGUUUUUGGAACAAUUUACAGUUAGUUUAUUUCUGCCUUUCUUCUUAGAUAUUUUUGAGCUGGCUGGUGUAUUUACUGCUCAGAGCCAUUUUGUAGGGCUGUACUUUAUCUAUUUCCUUGGUUUUAAUGAAGGUAUAGCCGCCGGCAUUUGAUAUGCAUAUUUUUGCUAGGUACUUAGCCAAUUUUUGAUAUCUUGUUUGCCUUUUGAAAGUUCUAGCCUUGAUCAGAGUCAAGCUUUAUAGCAUGUUUUAUUACUACCUCCCCUUUUGGAUUGUCUUGGCUCUUGCCAAGGCAAACUUAGGGACUGCUCUGUGACAUUUGUGCGGUAUUCUAGCUAGCCUUUUGAGCUACCUUCAACCUUGAAUUGCCUUGGCUUUGGUCAAGGCAAAAACUCGGAAAUUGUUUUGCAUAUUUUAAAUAGCUUUUUGGGCUGCUUCCAAUUUUGAAUUGCCUUGGUUUUAGCCAAGGCAAAACUCAGAAAUUGCUCUGCGAUAGUCUAACUAGCCUUUUGGGCUGUUUCCAAUUUUGAAUUGCCUUGGUUUCAGCCAAGGCAAAACUCAGAAAUUGUUCUGCGAUAUUCUAACUAGCCUUUUGGGCUGUUUUCCAAUUUUGAAUUGUCUUGGUUUUAGCCAAGGCAAAACUCAGAAAUUGCUCUGCGAUAUUCUAACUUAGAAAUUCAUCAUGACACUGUUCUUCAGCUGACUUGAGUGAUCAAGUCAAGUCAUCUGUUGAAUGUGUGUGUCAUGGCGUAUUUCUAAGUUACGUCGUGCUUUGCUUAUCACUUUAUCUUUUCUUGGAACCGCCAAGCUCAUUUUAUUAUAUGUAUUCUGUAAGAAGGAGUACAAAAAGGGAUAAUUUUGGCUUAUCUUGCCUUAUCAUUGUAUAGGUCACUUGUACUAAACAUAGUAUUUUUUGAGCAUGUUGGCGUUCCAACUAUUCUUUAGCUCUUUUCCAUCCAUUGUCAUGAGAUGAUAUGAGCCGGGGGCUAUCUCCCUUGUGAUCUGGUAUGGUCCUUCCCAAUUUGCAGUGAAUUUCCCCUCUGCCUUGCCCUUUCCUGUAGCUGCUGUUCGUCUAAGUACCAGGUCUCCCACAUGCAUAGGCCUGUGCUUGACUCUUUUGUUGUAAGCUCUGCUCAUUCUCUCUUUGUUUGCUGUGAGUCUCAGCUCUGCUAGCAACCUUACCUCUGGCAGGAGGUCUAAUGAUUCCCUCAUGAGUUGUUCAUUGGUGCUUUCAUCAUAGUACUGCACUCUGAAACUGGGCAGGCCAACCUCCACCGGUAAUACUGCUUCUGCUCCAAAGGCUAACUUGUAGGGACUUUCUCCUGUCGCCUCCUUCUCAGUUGUUCUAUUGGACCACAAAAUUUCUGGUAUGAGGUCUGCCCAUGCACCCUUAAAAUCCUCGAUUUUCUUUCGCAGAGCUCCAAGGAUCUGCUUGUUCGCCGCCUCGGCCUGUCCAUUGCUCUGUGGGUGGCAUACUGAUGCGUAAGCAAACUUGAUUCUUAGCUCUGCGCAAUAAUCUUUUAUCGGUAUGCAAUCGAAUUGUGUCCCGUGAUCAAAGACCAAACUUUCUGGGAUGCCAAAUCUUGUGAUGAUGCUUCUCCAGAUGAAGUCUUUCAUUCGUUUCGCUGUUAUGCUUUUUGUGGGCUCUGCUUCUAUCCAUUUGGUGAAAUAAUCCACUGCCACGAUCAAGUAUCUUCUUCCUCCACUCGCGGCUGUAAACGGACCCAGGAUAUCCAUUCCGCACUGAGCGAAUGGUAUGGGAUUGAUGAUUGGUUGCAGAUCAUUUGAGGGCUGAUUGAUUACUGGAGCGAACUUUUGGCAUUUGUCGCAUUUCUUCACGUAUGACUGCGAGUCACUCACCAUAGUUGGCCAAUAGUACCCUGCUCUGAGAGCUUUCAAAGCUAGUGUUCUACCCCCAAUAUGAUUACCGCAUAUGCCCUCAUGAAUUUCUUCAAUGAUUCUCUGUGAUUCCUCAGUUGAGACGCAUCUCAGCAGGGGUAGGGAGAAGGAUUUUUUGUACAAUCUGUCCUGGUAGAUCACAAACCAGUGUUCGUUUCGCUUUAUCUUCUUCUGUUCUGGCUCUGCUGUAGGGAGACCCCUGCCAAGCUUGUAUGAUACUAUACUGUCGUACCACUGAGGCUCUGUGCUGAUGGCAUUUACCAUAGGCCUCUUAUCGAUACUCUUCUCUUCCUGUACUUCCACCAUCACUGUUCUUUCCAGGUCUUGCAGCGAAGAGCUUGCUAAUUUUGAGAGAGCAUCUGCUUGGCUAUUCUCUGCCCUGGGGACCAACUGGAUCUCGAAGCUUUCCAACUGGGCUACUGCUUCUUUCAUCAGUGCCAGAUACCUCUGCAUGGACGGUUCUCGAGCUUCAUACUCGCCUUUAUACUGACUGGCCACUAACUGGGAAUCUGUUUUCAACACGAUUUUCUUAGCAUCCGCUGCCUUGCACAUUUGAAUGCCUGCGAUCGCUGCUUCGUACUCUGCUUCAUUAUUUGAGGCUUUGAAUUUGAACUUUAUGGCAUAUUCAAAGACAUUACCUUCUGGUGAAGUCAUUAUAAUGCCUGCUCCUGACCCCGUUACUGCGGCUGAGCCAUCUACAUAUAUCUGCCAGGUCCCCAGAGGCUCCUCUUCUUCUUCGUAAGAUGCCUCAGCUAUGAAGUCUGCUAAUGCCUGUGCCUUUAUGGCCGUUCUUGGCCUGUAUUCAAUAUCGUACUCUGAGAGUUCUACCGCCCAUUUCAGCAGUCUGCCUGAGGUAUCCAGCCUUCGCAAUGAUUUCUCCAAAGGCUGAUUUGUUAAUACUUGUACCUUGUGAGCGUCGAAGUAUGGUUUCAGCUUCCUGGCAGCUAUCAUAAUUGCGAAGGCCAUUUUUUCGAUCAGGGGGUACCUCUGCUUUGCGGGGUUGAGAAUGUGACUGACGAAAUAUACUGGUUGUUGGGCUUUGUCCUUUUCCACUAUUAAGGCUGCUGCUACAGUCUUUUUGGAGGCCGAGAUGUACAACUGCAAAACAUCUCCUACUUCUGGUCUGGCUAUUGUUGGGAGGCUCUUUAGGUGAUUCUUUACCUCUGCGAAUGCCUUUUUUUGCUCUGCUUCCCACUUGAAUGUUUUGUUGCCUUUCAGUACCUGAAAAAAUGGGAGGGAUCUAUCUGCAGAUUUACUGAUAAAACGAGUGAGUGCUGCCAUCUUUCCCGUUAAUCUCUGCACAUCUCGUAUGUUCUUUGGCUCUGGCAAGUUGAGUAUGGCCUCCACCUUCUCUGGGUUGGCAUCUAUUCCCCUUUCACUGACCAGAAAUCCCAGGAAUUUUCCUGACUUAACACCGAACACACAUUUCUUUGGGUUUAGUUUCAUGCCGUAUUGUCUCAACGUAGCAAAUGUUUCUCGCAGGUCUGCGAUGUGAUUGGCCUCUUUUUUGCUCUUGACUAUGGAAUCAUCCACAUAUACUUCCACAUUCCGACCCUUUUGCUGUGCGAAUAUCUUAUCUACAAGCUUCUGGUAGGUUGCACCCGCAUUUUUCAGGCCGAAUGGCAUAGCUUUGUAGUUAUAAACUCCAGCGUCUGUGAUGAAAGCAGCUUUCUUACGAUCUGAUUCGAGUAAGCUGAUCUGAUGGUAGCCGGAAAAUGCAUCCAUGAAACUCAAGAGAGCGUGUCCACUGGUGGAAUCAACCAGCUGGUCUAUUCUGGGCAAUGGGUAACAGUCCUUCGGACAGGCCUUGUUUAGGUCCGUGAAGUCUACACACAUCCUCCAUUGACCAUUUGCUUUCUUUACCAUCACAACGUUAGCCAGCCAUUCUGGGUAAUCGCACUCUUCUAUGAACUUGGCUGCUAGCAAUUUGUUGAUUUCUUCUUGGAUGGCCACAUUCUUCUCUGUCGAAAAAUUUCUCUUCUUCUGUUUCACUGGCCUAACUUCUCUGCUGACAUUCAGUCUAUGGACCAUGACACUGGGGUCAAUCCCUGGCAUUUCGUCCGCUGAGAAAGCAAAUAUGUCUGCGUGCUCUCUCAGCAGACCGAUGAGGUUCACUCUGAGGGAUAGGUCUACGUCUGUGCCAAUUCGAACCGUCCGGUCUGUCAACCCUUCCUCUAAUUCUAUCUCCUCAGUUUCGUCAGUUGGCGUGGGUUCCAACAGACCUUCCUCCCGAUGCUCGAAGUUUUCCAUGCUUAACAACUUGUCUUUUUUGCGCUCUGCUCUCUUUCUUUUUCGAGAUUGGGGAAGUUCUUCUUCUGCCAGUGGUGGGGGUCUGGGUGGUUGUUUUAGCGCAGUGUGGUAGCACUUCUUGGCCUGCUCCUGACUGCCUUUUACCUUGGCUGAGCGGCCAUCAUUUGUCGUAUACAUCAUGGUAAGGUGAUAAGUGGAGACUACAGCCCCUGCGUCAUGGAUGAAUGGUCUGCCAAGAAUGACGUUGUAGGCUGCGGGGACUUUCACAAUCAUGAAGUCUACCAUGAUGUCCUUGAUAUCCUUCCCUUGGCCAAUCUGCACCGGCAAACUGACUAUCCCCUCUGGUAUCACUGUGGCUCCUGUGAAUCCGAUUACUGGGUAAUUGACUGGUUUUACGUAUUUCUCAUCAAUUUGCAACUCUUGGAAAGCAGGCCAGAACAAGAUGUUCGCAGAGCUACCUCCGUCUAUCAGAAUACGGUGGAUUGUUCUGUUUGCUACAUUCAGGGCUAGUACCAUGGGGUCGUCAUGGGGGUAUAUUAUGCCUUUACAGUCCUCCUCUGUGAAAGUGCACUGCGGGAUUUUUGGAGGGGCGGGCCACCUGCCAGAAUUAUGGUAAUUAACCUGGUGUUUGAAUUCGCUCACACUGGCCUUGGCCCCGCUAACAGUGGUUCCUGCGUAAACUGGCCCUCCUGUUAUGACCAAAAUGUCGCCCAUUCUCUUUUGGUCUGCUGGGUAGCUCUGCUUGGGUUCCGCCUUCUUAUUGUCGGACCUAUUAUCAUUAUCUCUGUUCUCAUAGGUCCUGCUAUACGAGCUUUUUGCUUUGAAUUGAGUCAAGUAUCCCCUCCGGAUCAGAUCUUCGAUAUUAUCCUUCAAAUGAGUGCACUCUUCUGUGAGGUGGCCAUGGUCUCUGUGAAAGUCACAGUACUUUUUUGGGUCCCUGUACUUGUUGUACAUUUUGGGAGGUCUCUGCCACUUCUCGUCUUCUUUGCUGAUGGCAAAAAUUUGAGUUCUGGAUGCCACUAAGGGGGUAUACUCAUUAAACUUCCCCAUUUUCUCAGUUUUAAACUCGUUACCUUUGCCUCUGCCUGGUCCCUACCAGUCUCUUCUUGGCUGUGGGUUUUCUCUUCUGUCUGGGUACUCUUUUUUGUAUGGCUCUUUCUUGCUCUGACUACCGUAAUUGUUCUCACUUGCCGCAUAUCGACGUGAGGUUGCUCUGCCAAUUUCUUCACUCUUUAUAAAUUCAUUUGCCUUUCCCAGUACCUCUGCCAGGGUUGUGAAUGAUUUUCUGCCCAGAUAACUCUUGAACUCUCCAUCCCGCAGACCAGUCAUCAUGGCCAGGACUGCUACCCCUUGCUGCAACUUGGGUAUAUUCGACGCCUCCAUAUUGAAUCUGGAUAUGUAUUCCCUCAGAGAUUCCUGAGGCCCCUGGAUGACUGACAUCAGCUCCCCUGUCAUCCUUUCUCUGGCAAUGUUUGCCACGUAUUGGGUGCGAAACAAGAUAGCUAGCUGCCGGAAAGAUGUUAUGGUGCCUUUGGGUAUUUUACCAAACCAGCUCUGUGCCAUCCCCUCUAGAGUGGAAGGAAAGACCUUACACCACAUAGAGUCUGUGUUGGUAUAUAGCAUCAUGUGUCCCCCAAAGGCAGAGAGGUGAUUCGUUGGGUCUGUCUUUCCGGAGUAUUUGCAGGUGGGCAUUUUUAUCUUUUCCAUUCUUUCAGAGAGUAUUUCAUCGCAGAAGGGAGAAUUAUCAGGCUUAACUACUGCUCGGAUGGGAUUGGGCGUACCUGACACGGAGUGGUGUCUAUGACUGGGUGCUUGUUCAGUCCUUGCCCGGGGUUGGGCUCUGCUUGGUGUGAUACUCUCUGCUUCAUACUCUUGAUUAUCAGCCCCUUCCAUGUCCUGCUGCAGAUUCCUCCUCCAAACAUUCGGACUAUGUUGGGGUCUGGGACGUUUUCUCCUCUGCUCAACCUCAACCUCUGGGGCUGUUCUCAUGACCUGGGCUUGUGGGGUUGUUUGAGUAAGGAAUGUCAGGACUUCUAUUGCUGUGCGCAUCUGGUCGGGUGAGAACUGUGCCCCCAAUCGUGCUAGUGAGGCACUGGUUGGAAUUGGGAUACCCUGGCCCUGGCUAGGGGUUGCCAUAGCUCUGGAUUGUGGUGUCUCUCUUGGCGGACCAAGACUCUGAGGCAUGCCGAACAAGGGUACAUUUGUGGUUCUCUGGUUGUUUUUUGAGGUGGGUGGUUCUAUCUGCUGGAUUAUCGGUUCGCUUGACUCAGUCAUUGUGUGAGAGGGUAGGUCUUUUAGAAGCAAGGUCUGGGAAGUCCCCCUCCUUCUAGCGCCACUUGUUCCGAGUGUGGAACUGGGGGAGCCCUGCCUGGUGAUGCUGUCCUGUCAGACAAAACGAACGUAAGCUAACCUCGGGGGUUUAACCGAGGAAACCCCCUCCGAUGCCUAAGUCAGCAAAUGAGAUAAUGCUCUAGAGAGAGAAAGUAGAGAGGGUUAAGAAUUGUACUUGUAUUGAACGUGUCCGCAAAUGAAUGGGGACGGCAGUAUUUAUAGGCGUACUAUUCAGUACUUUGGCCUAUUCAGAUGCUGCCGCGUGUACGCUAGUGAUGUACUUGUUGUUUGUCCUUUUGCUUAACGACGUAUCUAUGUUGUCGUCUAGCAGGUCGUUUCCCCGCAGACCUGAGGGUCUGUGAGGUUCUUGAGGACUUGUGGUACUUUCAAUAGGUACUUCCUGCGGUUGUUUUGCUUGAUCUGUCCUAUCAGAUGUCCGAUGGUCUGCUGUGACAUGGAUGAUCUGCUAGGUUACUUCUACUCCGUACAACAAUAUAAUAUUACCAUCUGUAAACCUGGGAUGCCUGGACUCGCCCCUACACCCCGCCAUACCGGUGUCGACACGACACGACGCGGGUGCGGAAUCUGGACCGGACUCUUGGGAGAGAAAACGGACUCGUCAUUUGCUGCGGAAUGGAAGAGACUCCAUGGAUAGAUCAGUCGUUCCAAAUUCUAAUUUGCUGGCCUUUUUUAUCAAUUUUUUUGGGCCUUUUGGUAAUUUUAUCUUCAUUAAAAGGAAUGUGGACCAGAAGUUGACAGCUGUUUUAUUGACAGUUGUAUUGUAAUCUGUAAUUCUCCUUUUUCUUCAAAAAAAAAAAAAAAAACAAGCCCCUGUGAAUCUACAGGUUUUCCAUAGCUACAUUAAAUUAAAUGAGAUGUAUUUAACUGUUUACUGCUCUUUAUUUUACAAGAAUCUACACGUUUUCCAUAGCUCCAUUCAAUGAGAUGAGAUGUAUUUAACUGUUUACUGCAAGGGUUUUUUCUUUUCCCUAAGAAGCAGCACGUUUUCAAAGGCUUUUACUUUCACAGCAAGGCUUUUUUUAUUUUACGUUUUCUAUAGCAGCACUGCAUUCUUUUCCCUUUUUACUGCAUUUUUUAAAAACGUCAAAUUAAUUAAUUUUGGUAGUUGUAAAUAUUCAUGUACAAAAAUUAAAAUAAUGACCCGUGUCCCCGAGUCCAAAUUCAUAUUUUGGACCCUUCAAGAACGAGUCCACGAGUCCUUAAUUUUAGACAUUUCAGGAUCCGACCCUUGGACCCGUACCCGAGUCGGACACCGUACCCGAGUCCGAGCAUCCUAGCUAUAAACUCUUGAAAGCUAUCUGCUUUCACAUGUGAUGCACUUAUUUAGAACUGACGAGAGAGUAUGGCUUUGUCAUAAGUUCAGUUAAAUACAAGAAAAGUUAGGGUUACCGAAGUACAAUUUAUAACUAAAAUAAGAUUUGAUAAGUUCUAUUAAGUUCAGAUAAGAUAAGUUCAAAGUAAGUGAAAAUCGGGUGAAUAGAAUGAAUCCUAUAUAAUAUAUAAUAUUCUCUCCAUUCCUUAAUAUUCUACUCAGUUAGUGUACAGUCUUGUACCUAGGUAAGUUCGAAAAAGAGAGUGAGUGUGAGAUUAAGAUAAACGAGAGAUGUAGUAAAAAUGACGUUGGGUGUAAGAAAAAGGUAGGUAAAGUAAGAGAGAGAGUGUGGUAAUGUGUAAAUAUUGUGGGGAAAUGGUGGUUAAGAUGGUAAAAUGUGUUUACCAAAAAUAGAAUAAAGUAUGUAGAAGUGUUAAAUCAAGUAUUAUAAAUCCUUGUGUUAAGAACAUUGAGAUGGGUUAAGAACUUGUGCUGACACAAAUUACAUGAAGUAGUGAAUUUAUGCUUCUUCUUUGGCAUACGAUUCGUAAAUUUUCUACAAGGAUUUUCUCUGGUGUCAAAAGCUGAAUGGAUGGGGUUCAGGCACCAAUAUGGAUGUGAAAAACUACCUUGAAUAACAUUGAGCAUGUUGGAACAUCCCACCCACGUACCACCCAUGGCCCAUACCGAGUAUUUGGUCUUGGUUUAGCACGGUGCUCGGGGAUGGUGCUCUAGGUCCAAAAGUCCCACUGAUGUAAAGUUCUUUUGAAAUUUCAAAAGAGAAAAUAAAAAACAGCUCCUCUAAAGUUCUAACAUGAGAAUAUGAGCACUGGGGGCUCACAAUUGAUUCCUCGAUGGUCUCUGGAAACUUAGGGGCAUGAGUUAGUCUGGAAGGAAACUGAAUAACCUAAGGCAUGAGUUGACUGGGUGGAAAUUACUAAACGACAGUUAUGGGAAAAACUAAGGCAUUAGUGAAGUCCCCAUCAGAGGUUUAUCUCAACUAUCUCGGAGCAAGGUAAUAAACCAUAGAAAUAAUCUUAUUUGAUACCUGUCUGGAAUUUGGUUACUUUUGGAGAUGGAUAUUGGCUUAUUCAAAUUGCAAUACAGACCAUAAUUCAUGUGCGGUGCUUGUAGCCAUUUUAUGCGCUGGUCAGUGAUUAUCUACCAGACGUUUUGUUGAAUUAACAUGUAAAAGCUACUUGGAAUCACAUAUUGGUGCCUGGCUCAACUUCUUAUGAUCUAUGCUGGGGUAAUAUUGUGGUGGUUGGGCAAUAUAAAUGGAAGGGAUGUGCUGUCUAACAUCAAUGUAGAACUUCUAUUACUUACCCAUUCAGCCAUCUUCUCUUUGAUGAAACUGAAGUCAAAUGACAAACAUGUAUCUUCUUAGAUUUCUUCUUGAUAAUUUUUUGUUUUUUGUGUUUUCUCUUUUAAGUGUUCUUUUUCCUGUUUUUUCUUAAGUGUGAGAGACACUUGGAGAUGGUUAAUUAUCUUUGUAACUAGUACCUCAGGACUUUUAACCUGUUUAGGGGGCCAGUGCAUAAUGAAUCCACCUCAACCAAAGAGAAAUUUGUUACUUUAGAAUAAUUCCCAAUUAUUAAGGUGUUUUUAACUCAGUUGUGAACAAAAUAAUAGAAGUUUACAGAUGCAGCAUUUGUAUCUCCAUAGGAAUUUAGGUUAGCAUUAAUGGUUAACCUGAGCAAAAACUGCCGCCAUAACUUUGGCUUUUGGACUGGUUUUCAUUUCAACAGUAAUAUUGCACUGCACAGAUCUUUUCCCCUUCUGUUUUUUUUUUUUUGGCCAGCUUGUGCAUCCUUGUACAAUUGUACGACUAAUGUGGAUUGUGGAAACCACAUUUUUAAGGAAAUGUCCUGUGAAUGAAAUAUUUAAAUGUAUAUGCCUCUAUAUUUUUUCAGCUGUACUGAAUAUUUCUGUUAACAAAUUUGUAGAGGUUGGCCUGACAUGUUAAUGUGAAUUAAAUAUCUAAAAUCUUCAU